GAAAAAGAGUACUUCUCCUGAGCGCCGAAGAAGAAGUUAGCUGAAAAUGACACGAGCCUGGAGCUGAACUGAAACUGUUUCUCUGCUGGUUCCAACUGCGAGAGAGAGACUGAGCUGCAUCGCUGUCAGAGGACACACACCACGAGACUGUUAUUGUGGAGUCCAGCCUGGUUGUUUGUGUUUGCUGCAGAGCUCUGAGGCCGCAGCUGCGAAGAGGUGCCCCUGCCUGCUCCUGGUGGCAGUGAUCUAACGUGAGGAGAUGGACCAGAACAACAGUAUACCAGCCUUCCAGGGUCUGGCCUCCCCUCAGGGUGCCAUGACCCCAAGCAUGCCAAUCUUCAGUCCCAUGAUGCCAUAUGGCUCAGGCCUGACGCCCCAGCCAGUCCAGAACACCAACAGUCUGUCUAUACUCGAAGAACAGCAGAGGCAACAACAACAGGCGCAACAACAACAGGCACAGCAGGCCAACACAGGCCUUCCGGGUACGUCAGGGCAGACGCCUCAGCUUUUCCAUUCCCAGACAGUAGCUGGUACAACCACCACAGCGCUACCAGGGAACACCCCGCUCUACAACACCCCGCUGACUCCCAUGACCCCCAUCACACCGGCCACACCUGCCUCAGAGAGCUCUGGAAUCGUACCACAGCUACAAAACAUCGUAUCCACUGUAAAUCUGGGGUGCAAACUUGACUUGAAGACCAUCGCCCUGAGAGCCAGGAACGCAGAGUACAACCCAAAGCGUUUUGCUGCCGUCAUCAUGAGAAUACGAGAACCCAGAACCACUGCCCUCAUCUUCAGCUCUGGGAAGAUGGUUUGCACCGGAGCCAAGAGUGAGGAGCAGUCGAGAUUAGCAGCCAGGAAGUAUGCUCGUGUGGUGCAGAAGCUCGGUUUUCCUGCCAAGUUCCUGGACUUCAAAAUUCAAAACAUGGUGGGCAGCUGCGAUGUGAAGUUUCCCAUCCGACUGGAGGGCUUGGUCCUCACACAUCAACAGUUCAGCAGUUAUGAGCCGGAGCUGUUUCCAGGGCUGAUUUACAGGAUGAUCAAACCCAGAAUUGUCCUGCUCAUCUUUGUUUCUGGGAAAGUUGUACUCACAGGUGCCAAGGUGAGAGCAGAGAUCUACGAGGCGUUUGAAAGCAUCUACCCCAUCCUUAAAGGUUUCCGCAAGACAACGUAGGACCUGUAGUUUUCUUUUUACCAUCUCCCCAACCCAGUCUCUUUUACAUGGAUUUUAUAAAGAUACGUAAAAGUGUCCUCUACAUGAAGACCUCUACAAGUGGACUGCUCUAAGGGCUGUUGUGCAGGGAUGUGAAUUGGUCACCUUUCAUUUUUUUUGUCCUUCCUCUUUCCUUAUUUUUUUUUUUUUUUUUUUAAGAAAAAGGACUUUUUGACCUUUGUUGAAGAGACGUUUUCCCGUGUUUUGACCCCUUUCCAUGUAUUUCCAGCUGUUUUCAGUUCAAGCUGAGUUUUUCAGAUUGUUUUGUCAUCCUGAUCACAUCCCUCAUUGUACAUAAACUGUAAAGAAAAUUUAAAAAUCGAUGAAUGGAAGAGAGGAGUCUGACUGGGAGUAGUGCUGUUCUUAUUUUAUGCAUUUUUAAAUAGUUUUCUACAUUGCAUUUUUAGUACUUGUCUGCUCUGUCUCCCAGUUACAUGAAGGUGUGUUCAGGUCUGUCAGCCCCACAUUCCUAUCACAGUAUUUACUGAGAUUUUUAGUUCCUCAAAAUUGUGAAAGUUUAAGAGUUUUAUCCAUAAACCAAGCACAAAUCAAUCUGAUCUGGCUCCAGCAUAGUCCUACUUUCAUAAAUAAUGGAGAUAAUGUUAACGUGAGACAUAAUAAUCUAUUGUUAGUCUGCUGUCGGAAUUUGGAUGCUCUUUCAUUUUGAAUCUGAUCGAAGUCCUGCUGCUGUGUCUCCUGUCAUCCUGAUUCACAGUUUUAGAAAAAGACCAGGAUUGUUACAGGAAACCUUGUCUAUAAGACCAAUCAGAAAAUAAAAAAUAAUUUUAUUUUCUUUCAAGAAAUUCAGAGGAAUUCAACCAAAUUGGAAAUGAGUAAACCCUCUUAGUGUCACGUGGAACAAGAGGCACACUAUUACCCAUCCUGCAUCUUAAAUUCACGAGCACUAAACGACAGGGUGACAGCUGAAUAACUACAAAUUGCCAUUGUUAAUGUAUUUUCAGGUUAUUCUUUGCAUUUUUUUGGCCAUUUCAAAACUGUAUUUAAACAAUUAUGAUUUUUGAGCACUAGCAAAUGUGAAUCUGUGUUGGUUGUUCACGUUCUUUGUUCAACCAAAAAUCUGCAUUUAAAUGAGUCUAAUUUUGGGGCACUGGUUUCAACUGGACACAUCCUUGAUAAUGAUGUAAAAGUUUAGCAAUUAAAAUGAUUAUUUUUUAUUCACAAUGUAUCUGGUUUCACCACGUUUGUGUAUAAGUCUCCUAAUAUUUGGACGGACAACUCUGACGAAGACAUGGGGUUAAAUAUUUCUCUUCUGCAUGAGUAUGAGCCCCGUCACAUUUAGAUGCAAUUCUGCUUCUUCUAAAAUUGUUGAUGCUCUGCACUGUGCAUUAAUAAAUGUGUACAUACUGA